ACGACUAGCAAACUACGCACACAAAACGCAAGUGAAAAAUUGUAAUGAAAAGAGCAACAAGUGGCAAUUUUUAGCAAUAAAACUGCCACUAGCAAUAAAAUAAAUUAAGUUAGCACAAUCUUCACGUAAAGACAACCCACAAAGCGAUGCAGAAGAUCACGAAUAAUGAAACAGCUGCCAUCGCAGAAAAAACACGCCGGCUGCAGCAUUCAUAACAAAAAACACACACGCACACAUACACACGUAGAUACACCAACAACAAGCAGCGAGACUUCAGCAUUUUUGCACUGCAAGCGAGCAGUGUUUGAGGGUUUUUUAUUAAAAUUUAAUGAACAAAUUUACAGUUAAAUGGCAGCGAAAGAAUCAUUUCGCGAAAGACAGACGGAGGAAUUGGAAGUUAUAAAGUCCAUAUUCGGCGCCGAUGUGGAGGAUCUGAGACCGCAAAGCAGUGCCUCGCAAUGGAAGCCUACAGACAUACGCAUACUUCUAACCCCACUGCGAGACUCCUCCAAUGGCCUGCCACAAGCCUAUGUUUGUACCAAGCUACAUGUGACAUGUCCCUCCAAGUAUCCAAAGCUUGCCCCCAAAAUAGUACUCGAGGAGUCAAAGGGCAUAUCGGAUCAGUUGCUGGAGGCUCUGCUCGCCCAGCUGCAUGCUCAAUCUCAGGAGCUGCGCGGCGAGGUAAUGAUUUACGAGCUGGCACAGACCGUUCAGGCAUUUUUGCUGCAGCACAACAAACCACCGAAGGGUUCAUUCUAUGACGAAAUGCUACAGGCUAAGCAAAAGCGUGAACAGGAGCUAUUGGAUAUACAGAAGCGAAAGGAAACUCUAGAGCGGCAGACGCUCAUGGACGAGGUGGAGCGUCGCAAAGAGAUGUUUAAAACGGAAGCCAAGCGACGCGGCGAGCCACGACGCAGCAUGAGCGAGUCCAACAAUCGCCAUCCCAGCUCCUCGGAAAGUUCUGAGAGCUCCUCGCCCUACUAUCGCGGACACACAUAUCCAAACAAGUGUCUGGAUCAUCGAAAUACAGAAAUGCUCUCCUUUUACAAGGUGGGCAGGCAAAUCCAACGCGGCUGUUGCUUGGGUAACUACUACUCUUGUCUUCAUUGUUUUGUAGCUUAUGUAUUUCCACUUCCAGGUCAUUCGCAGCGCGGCUGCAUUGCCUACACUGGCGUCGAUAUGCACUCUGGCCAGCUGCUUUACUUAACCGAGUGGAAUAUCAAGUACUCGCAACUAGAGCAGCCCUGUGCUGGCAAUGGAAAAUGCCACUGGAGUGCCGAGUCCAAGUGUGUCGGCAACCAUCGUGUGGAUGAGCUGAUAGCCUCCAUAGAGAAACAGGUCGCAACUCUGGCACAGUUGCAGCACAAGAAUCUCAUUCAAUACGAGUGCGUGCUCUGCAUUAAACGGAAGGAGGGCUUACUGGUCUAUCUGGUGCAGGAUUUUUUACUGGGUACUAGCGUUUUCAGCAUCUCCUCGACGCUGGGCUGGUGUAUGGAUGGUGCGCGCAUGGUGGCACGUGGCGUGCUGGAAGCUCUGGUGUUCUUGCACAACAAGGGCGUCUCGCACAGCCACCUGCUCGACAGCACCGUAUUUAUGGACAAUGCUGGUAACAUACGCUGUACAGAUUUCUCGCUGGUGCCAAAUUUGCUGGAGUUGACUGGAGGCGCUGGCCAAAGCAGCAACCGCGGCGAUCUACCAGCAUUGGGCGCACUCGUAGAGGCACUGAUGCCCACCCACAGCUAUGAAAUGCGAGAAUUUGUGGACAAAUGCCAUUCUGAUCGCACACUGUCCGCCUCGGAGCUGCUGGAGCAUCCCUUUCUGCGUUUAUAUGUGGACAAUGCGCAACAGAACUUGACGCUGCAACACACACAGCAUCGCAGUUCACUGGUGCCCCAAAACAUCCAAGGAUUGUCCAUGCAGCGCGCUGUGGUGCCCUUCCAAAUACCCACUCUAGCGCUGAGCCAAUCUCGUCUGCGCACCGAGUUCGAGGUUCUCAUGUAUUUGGGCAAAGGUGCGUUUGGUGAUGUGUUAAAGGUGCGCAACAUACUGGAUAACCGAGAAUAUGCAAUCAAACGUAUACCACUACCGGCGCGCAGUCGCCAGCUAUAUAAGAAAAUGACCCGUGAGGUGGAGCUGCUGUCGCGUCUGAAUCAUGAGAAUGUGGUGCGCUAUUUCAACAGCUGGAUUGAGAGUGUUAGCGAUGCCGACGCGGCUGAAAUGGACAAAAUGCUGGGCGGUGAUUGGUCACAGAGCCAAGAGCUGAGCACCAAACCGGCCAAGUCCCCGCAGCUAGGGCUAGCCGUGCAUGUGGAGGAAACAGAAAGCUCAUCGAGCAUGUGGAAUGGUUACAUGCCCAACAUGGACGACUCCGACUCGGAUGGCAUUGAGUUUGUUGACUCGAAUGGUCAAGUAGCAGUGUAUGAUGACGACGAUGAAAACAGCGACAAGGAAGAUUCAUUGCAACGCAAGAUAAGUUCGCCGCGUCCACAAAUGCAAGUUAUGUACAUUCAAAUGGAGUUUUGUGAGAAGUGUACCUUGCGUACUGCAAUCGAUGAUAAUCUAUUUGAGAACACAGAUCGUUUGUGGCGCUUGUUCCGGGAGAUUGCCGAAGGCUUGGCUCACAUUCAUAAGCAAGGCAUUAUACAUCGCGAUCUGAAGCCGGUUAACAUAUUCUUGGACUCGCAUGAUCAAAUUAAAAUAGGAGAUUUCGGUCUAGCCACCACGAGCUUUUUAGCGUUACAAUCGAAUGCUGAGUACCCAUCGCAUUCAACUACUCAGCAUGUUACCUUCACGGAGGAUGGCACAGGCACGGGCAAAGUAGGCACCACGCUCUAUGUGGCACCAGAGCUGACGGGUAAUGCCUCUAAGUCUGUUUACAAUCAAAAAGUAGACAUGUACACGCUGGGCAUAAUAUUGUUUGAGAUGUGCCAGCCGCCCUUUGACACUAGCAUGGAACGCGCACAGACCAUAAUGGCUUUAAGAAAUCCCUCCAUAAUUAUACCAGAGUGCAUGCUGCAGGAUAGCAAAUAUGAGAAGACCGUCAAGAUGCUGCGCUGGCUGCUCAGCCAUGAUCCUGCCCAACGACCAACCGCCGAGGAGCUGCUUGUCUCGGAUUUGGUUCCGCCAGCUGAACUGGAGGCCAAUGAGCUGCAGGAAAUGCUGCGGCAUGCUCUGGCCAAUCCACAAAGCAAAGCUUACAAGAAUCUCGUGGCACGCUGUCUGCAACAGGAGAGCGACGAGGUGCUUGAACACACCUACCAUCUAAGCAGCAGUCGUGCCAUGAAAUCGUGGAACUCGGCCAUUGUUAUCGACGACAUAGUUUCCCUCAAUCCGCUUAUUGAGUUUGUCAAGGCGAAAGUGGUUAAUGUGUUCCGUAAGCAUGGUGCCAUUGAGGUGGACUCGCCACUUUUGUCACCGCUGUCCUCGCGUAACAUUAACUCAAGUGCCAGUUCCAACGCUGUGCAUUUGAUGACCCACUCCGGUUGUGUGGUGCUGCUGCCCUGCGAUCUGCGUACUCAGUUUGCCCGCCAUGUAACCAUGAAUGGAGUAAAUCUCAUACGGCGCUACUGUGUGGAUCGGGUUUAUCACGAGGAGCGCGUCUUCAACUUUCACCCGAAACAGAAUUACGAAUGCUGCUUCGACAUCGUCACGCCCAGCACAAGCAGCCAACUGGUUGAUGCAGAGCUGAUCUCACUGGCCUUUGAAAUUACUAACGAGCUGCCUCGCCUGCGCGAGCGCAACAUUGCUAUACGCAUGAAUCACACGAAUUUGUUGCGCUCCAUUCUUAUAUUCUGCAAUGUGCCCAAGUCACAGUAUGGCGCGCUUUUUGAGGGCUUCAUGGACUUCAUUGAGGGCCGUAUUUCACGCUUUCAGUUUCAUUCCAGCAUAACGGCAAUCAUGGACAAGUCACGUACCUCGGCACAGACCUUAAUGGACAUGCUGCUGGUAAACUUUCUGCUGACUGGUUCCAGAAGCAGCGUGGAUGAGUCUGCCUUGAAGUCACUGAUGCGCGGCAAAGGUGAGGCAGCUUCUUUGGCACGUGGCGCUUUGCGUGAACUGGAAACGGUCAUAGGACUAGCUUACAGUCUGGGCGUGACGUGUCCCAUACACAUUUGGGCUGGCCUGCCCAUUAGCUUUGACCGUGCCAGCAAUGGUGGCAUUGUCUGGCAAAUGACCGCCGAUCUAAAACCGAAUCGUUCCGGACAUCCCUCAGUUUUAGCCAAGGGUGAGCGCUAUGAUGCUAUGCUGCAUGAGUUCCAGAAACAGGCCCAAAGUUUUAAUGCGGCGCUGCCAACGCGUGGCGUCCUUAGUGGAGCGGGACUCUCAUUUUCGUUGGAUAAGCUAGUGGCCGCCGUGGGCAUGGAAUAUGCAAAAGAUUGCCGCGCUAUUGACAUAGGUAUUUGCGUGUGCGGCACUCGGCCGCCGCUCAAGGAUGUCACCUACAUUAUGCGUCUACUUUGGUCCGUUGGUAUACGUUGCGGCAUUGUGGAGACGGUCGGCGGUGGCGGCGAUGAAGCGCAGGAAUUGGAAAGACUGGGGGCGCUGCAUGUCAUAUUGGUAGCAGAGAAUGGAGCAUUGCGUGUGCGCUCCUUUGAGCGCGAUCGUUUCCAGGAGCGUCAUCUGACUCGCGCCGAACUGGUUGAGUUCAUUCAGAAGAUGCAGCGCAGCGAGGGCAUUAAUGGCGGAGCUGUUGGUGGCGGUGUGGAAACUUUUAGCCAGCUGCCCAACAUGAGCAGUAGUGGCGGUGGCAGCGGACGCGGCGAGAACGGGCUCAGCUUGUCAGCGUCUAAUUCGACCAUCAAGAACAAUUACAGCCAGCUGCCCAAUGUGCAGGUAACAUUCCUCACCCACGACAAGCUCACUGCCAACUAUCGAAGGCGCUUAGAAAAUCAAGUGGCGCAGCAAAUGAGCUCAACGCUGGCGCAGUUCAUUAAGAAGGAAUCGUUUGUGGUGGUAGUGGUGGAGUUGCCGCCAGCAGUGGUCAACGCCAUAGUUGGUGCUAUCAACCCGAGAGUGUUGCGCAGAAAUGAGACUGAACCCGAAAUGAAUUUUGUGAUCGAAAGAUUCCCGAAAUACAAACGUUAUAUAUUCGAAAUAUACGAGGAGAUCGUGGAUAAUCUGAGUGAUGCCAAGACACCAAUAGUGGCCUUGUACAGCAUUUCUGAUUCCUAUUAUCGAGUUAUCAUCUAAAGGUGAUUUCUUCAGCUACUUUAUGAUGCCAUGCGAUACAGUUUUAGAAGUAUAUAUCCUUGAUCGCUUCAAAUUAGGUUACGUUUAAGUUUUUUAUUAACUAAAGUUUCCUGCAAUACUUCUACAACUAGAUUUCUUUAAGCUGUGUUCAGAGGCCAAUGUAUACUUAUUUACCAAAAACGAUGUAAAGACUACAAAAAACGUUUAAUUUUUCAAA